AUGGCGGUGCAGGCGGUUCACCUGGAGGCCGAUGCUUUCCUGGUGUGUCUCAACCAUGCGCUGAGCACCGAGAAGGAGGAGGUCAUGGGGCUCUGCAUUGGCGAGGUUGACACCAGUCGAAUCGUGCAUAUCCAUUCUGUCAUCAUCCUGCGCCGCUCGGAUAAGAGAAAAGACCGUGUGGAAAUUUCACCAGAGCAGCUUUCAGCUGCUUCUACUGAAGCAGAGAGGUUGGCUGAAAUGACAGGACGUCCCAUGAGAGUUGUGGGCUGGUAUCACUCUCAUCCUCAUAUUACUGUCUGGCCAUCACAUGUUGAUGUCCGCACGCAAGCUAUGUAUCAGAUGAUGGACCAAGGUUUUGUAGGGCUUAUAUUUUCCUGCUUCAUUGAGGACAAAAACACAAAGACAGGCAGGAUUCUCUACACCUGUUUCCAAUCCAUUCAGGCCCAGAAGAGCUCAGAAUAUGAAAGGAUCGAAAUUCCUAUUCAUGUUGUCCCCCAUGAAACCAUUGGGAAAGUGUGUCUGGAAUCAGCUGUAGAGCUGCCCAAAAUCCUUUGCCAAGAAGAGCAAGAUGCCUACAGGAGAAUUCACAGCCUCACCCAUCUAGACUCUGUAACCAAGAUUCACAAUGGCUCAGUGUUCACAAAGAACCUCUGCAGCCAGAUGUCUGCCAUCAGUGGGCCGCUCCUUCAGUGGCUGGAGGACAGACUAGAGCAGAACAAACAGCGAGUGCAGGAGCUGCAGCAGGAAAAGGAGCAGCUGCUGGAGGAACUAGCUGCUUUAGAGUGAAGGAGGAAAUGCAGACCUUUCAGAAAACAGACAUGGGGAAUAAAAAACAACUCUACAAGACCUACUCCUGGCUGAAGGGUGGCCCAAUGUUGCCUUACAGUGAAGAUAUCGCUGUGCUGCUUCUCUUGCCCCGUGCAGCAAAGAGCACUUCUACAGGAUCAGGGCUUUAUCUGCCCAAGCUUGAUGGAAAGCAGUGGUAUCUUUCCAGGUGCUGCAUGAUGCAGUGCCAUUCUAGCUCAGUGAUGGGGUUGGGUAGCACACAAAGAGACUUUAGUUCUGGAGGACACAUGUCUAGGGAACAAGGUGGUUUGCCCUCCCCUGUAUUUUGACAGAAGUCUUACUGCUUUCCAUGUAUUCCAGGAGCCUAGAACAGGAGGGUUAGAGGAAAAAAAUUGUUUCCCUGCAGUCAUAUUUGAUGCUGCCAGCUUCUGCCUUUUAGUAGAUUCAGUUGACCAUGACUUAUAUCUAGGAAUGUUCUGGAUUACUGGUUGUCCACACAGGCAGGUAGGACUUGGUGGGAGGGAAGCUUGGGAAGAGACCUGGCAGAACUUUUGGCGUAGGAUCUGUGUGCAGCAUACUUGAAACCAAAUAAAGUAUUCCAAAGCCAGAGCUGUUUGGAGUAGGAAUAAAAUGGAUGCUA